AUGGCAAUCGACUUUUCAAGAAUCACCCUGAGGCCGUUCAAGUUGAGCGACGUAGACGAUUUCAUGUUAUUGGCAGGUGAUGAUAGAGUGACUUACUAUACCCGAUGGAACACUUUUGCUUCCAGGGAACAAGCAUUGACUUUCAUCCAAGAUGUGUGUAUCCCUCACCCAUGGAGUCGGUUCACAUGCAUUGAUGAUCGUAUAAUCGGAUUUAUAUCCGUCUCUACUGGAUCAGGUGAUGAAAGGUGUAGGGCAGAAAUAGGGUAUGCUAUAGCUGUCAAGUAUUGGGGCCAAGGGAUAUGCACCAAAGCAGUGAGGAUUGCAGUGUCACAAGUCUUCAAGGACUUCCCUGAUUUGGUAAGGAUACAAGCUAUUGUUAAUGUAGAUAACAAAGCUUCCCAGAGGGUCUUGGAAAAGGCUGGAUUCCUUAGCGAGGGCAUGCUGAGAAAGUAUGCGUAUCACAAACGGAUCGUUAAGGAUGUAGCUAUUUUCAGUCUGCUGGCAGAGGAUACUCGUCCUCCAGAGUAA